AGAUGACGAGUUCUGGUGAUAGAGAGUAGGGCGGACGGGCCGAGGCGGCAGGUGUGCUCCCUGACAGCAUCCGACACACAGCACCUUCGCUGAAAAUGGCCGAUGGUGUGUGUGGCACUAAACCUUUGGUGUUCCGUCUUCAUGAGGGAGCACCUGAGCUUGUGCGGCAGGUGCUUCUGGAGAGAGGCUGGGAAGAGUUUGAAGGACAGCAGCAGGAUGAAGGAGACUGGAACCUUUACUGGCGUGCAUCUGCCUUCCGCAGCUCCGACUAUGAGAACAUCAUGCCCUGGCAGAGGCUCAAUCAUCACCCAAAAACAGUUGGCAUUACCCGCAAAGACUGGCUGGCACGGAAUUUGAGGAGGAUGAGGGGCACAUUUGGUUCAGUACUUUACAAUUUCAGUCCGACAGCUUUCCAUCUCCCUAAUGACUAUGUACGUUUUUUAGAGGAGUUCUCAAAGCAUCGUUUAGCAAAUGGUGGUAAAGGUGCUUACUGGAUCUGCAAACCAGUGGAUCUAUCAAGAGGGAGAGGCAUUUUCAUUUUUGAAGAUAUUAAAGACUUAGCUUAUGACUGCCCUGUCAUUGUACAAAGAUACAUCAGUAAUCCACUUUUGAUUUCGGGCUAUAAAUUUGACCUUCGAAUAUAUGUUUGUGUGAAGAGCUUUAGUCCUCUAACUAUCUAUAUAUAUCAGGAAGGCUUGGUUCGUUUCGCAACUGAGAAAUUCAACCUGGGUACGCUCAACAACCUCUACUCUCAUCUAACAAAUACCAGCAUUAACAAAUUUGGUCCUUUCUAUUCAACCGAUAAAGAACACAUAGGCCAAGGCAGUAAGUGGACACUCAGCAAAUUCCGCUGCUUCUUACGGAAUAUGGGCAUUAAUGAACUCGUGUUCUGGCAAAAGAUCAACAAUAUCAUAACUCUCACUAUUCUUACCAUUGCCCCAUCCGCUCCUUCCAGCCCUAACUGUGUAGAGCUGUUUGGGUUUGAUAUCCUGAUUGAUGAGAACUUAAAACCAUGGUUGCUGGAAGUCAACUACAGUCCUGCUCUCUCGCUGGACUGCUCCGCUGAUGUAACUGUGAAAAAAAGGACUCCUCAACGACCUUAUUGACCUUUUGAACUACAAGGAAAUUGACGGCCUUCGACAGAGGGGAUACCUGAGACAAAAGUAUAGGACC